AAACAAAGACUUUUCACCAAUGAUCUGAAGUCGUUGCUUUUUGCAUACGGGGAUUCGCAAACCCCUAAUAUCGAGACCAUUCAUAUGCUGGAAGAUGCGGUGACUAGCUAUCUCGUCGACGUUAUCAUGGAGGCAAACAAGGUAAGACGUUUACAGCAUAGGAACAAGUUUCAAGAAACGGAUCUUAGGUUUGCCUUGAGGAAGGAUCCUGUUAAACUCGGAAGGGUGCAUGAUCUUUCGACCUUGACAAAAGAAAUCUCGAAGGCAAAUAAAAUGUUCGAU